UGCUGAGGGAGUGGGACAGAUUCUGGGAGCGAAGCGGGGAGGAGUCCUGGCCGAGCUGAGCGGGGCGGGGGGAGCUGCUUGGCAGUGCCAGAGCCCAGGCCCCAGAGCCCUGCUGGAGAGGAGACAGUCGAGGAGGCAGGCUCUCAGGCCAGGACCUACCUCCUGCCAACCCUUCCUAGGAAGGACUGAUGGACAGCUUGGCUCCCCAGCCUGACUCCGACUUGAAAAAGCUUCGGAGAAGCGCUCAUCCCGAUGGCUAUCUCCCGCCUCCCCAUUUGACUAGAAGGUGGGGGUGGACCCUUGGGGACCAAACCCAGGGCUGCUGAGGCAGGCAGCUGACUGUCCUGGGUGCUCAGCUGUGUCUGGCCUGCUCGGCUGCCAGAGGCCAGGUUCCUAACUUAGGAACAAGGGCCCCCUAGGAGUGAGGCGGUGAGAUGGCAGACUGCUACACGGAGCUGGAGAAGGCGGUCGUGGUCCUGGUGGAAAACUUCUACAAGUACGUGUCUAAACACAGCCUGGUCAAGAACAAGAUCAGCAAGAGCAGCUUCCGGAAGAUGCUUCAGAAAGAGCUCAACCAUAUGCUGACGGACACGGGGAACCGAAAGGCUGCCGACAAGCUCAUCCAGAACCUGGACGCCAACCACGAUGGGCGCAUCAGCUUCGAUGAGUACUGGACCUUGAUAGGCGGCAUCACCAGCCCCAUUGCCAACCUCAUCCGCCAGCAGGAACAGCAGGACAGCAGCUAGAGGACCCUCCCACCUUCCCUUCAUGGCGCUGCCUGCCGCCCAGCCCCUGGUGCACUUCCCAGGCUCCCCUCGGCCUCCUCCGCCCACCCAGGCUCCCAUCCUCGCUUCUCCCUCCAGAUCUUCUGCUGGCCCUUGCUGAACAGGGCAAAGGGCCCCUUUGUGAUGUCCCAGUCUGGGGGUGACUCCCUAGGGGUCUUAGUCCCUGGAGCCAGCAGGCUCUGGGGCCCCCUCUGAGUUUUCAAUGCUGUUUGGGGAGUCCCACGAGUUUCCUCGCCUGCUUAGCCCAUCAACCCUUCCAGCGACUGAUGUUCUGCCUGAUUCGGGGUCUCUCCUGACCUCUGGAGGUCAGCUUGCUGCUUGAGGUCUUCCUGCUCCUGGCAGCGGCAGCAGACCUCUCCCCUUUCUCUCACCCCCUUUGCUGGGGAGAAAAGAUUCCCAGGGACUUCCCUCCAGCUGCCUCUGGGUCAGGGGACAGCUGAGCAGGGCUGGGCCCCCACCUUCCUACUCACUGAAGCGAUGGCAGUGAGGCUGGAUUUGGUCUGUACCCCUCACCCAGUCCCGUUGUGAUGCUCAUUAAAGCCUUUCCACUCCCUGGAA